AUGGAUGGAAUAGAAGAAGAGAAGUGUAACCUAAACUCUCUCUAUCGCUAUCUCAUCGUCAUCAAGUUUCUCUGGACUCUGAUCUCCCUCUCGAAUCUCGCUAUCUCGGCCUCUCAAAGAAAAGUUGUUGGCACUGCCACUGCGCAUCACGACGACUGGAGUACUGCUGCACUGGUCCCGCUCUGCUUCUGCUCUGCUAUCUCAGUUACUCUGUUACUCAGUAGUGAUGUGCGUAACAAUGAAAAAUUUUCAGGUAUCAAAGGUAUUGCGGGUCUUGCUCAAAAGAUGGUAGAGACAAAGAAGAAUGUAGUGUUUCCGUUCGUGUAUACGCUUAUCACGUUGGCAUUGAUCUUACCGGUUGCAAUUGUAACUGUGGAGAGGGUGUUUUCUGCUAUGAAUAUUGUGAAGAGCCGAUUGCGUAACCGAAUGGGAGACAAAUGGAUGAAUGAUAGCUUGGUUGUCUAUAUUAAGAAAGAAAUUUUUAUCAGUAUUGAUAAUGAGACUAUUAUGAAGCGAUUUCAGAAUAUGAAGACUCGUAGGGAAGAACUAAAGUGCGACCCCGGUGACAAUUCAUCCCAACUCCGCCACUGUACUCAAUGGAGUAAUUGA